CUACAACUAUUUUCUAAAUAUCUAUAAUUUUAUAAAUGUAAACAAGGAAACAUAAGAUUGCUUAAAGAAUGGUCAAGUGAAAAGACACAUUUACAUCCAAGGGAUCAAAUUUAAUAAUCAAAAAAAUGUCAAGACGUCGUCCAUUAUACACUUGUGUAGCUUCAAUCAUAGCUAUAAUCCACAUCGCCUCCAAAAAAACAGAGGAAUUUAAUGGACCUAUUGGAUCAAUAAUAAAGAAAAUAUGGAUAGGGAUGAGUUAUAUAAUGCCAAUUUUAUACACAAUACAGUUCCAAUGGCUAUCAAUCCUCUCUUUUAUAGACAAAUGUAUACUUUGUUCAGAAAUUGUGGUAGAAAAGUUUUUUCCGCCAUCGUCUAGAUUGUUUGAUAAGAUUGAUGAGCUAGCUCACGUUAUAGAAAAUCUACCAGGAAAAUUUGCUGAUAUGAUGGAAAAGUUGCCUAUGAUUAUUCAUCAGGUGCCAUUUCUUGAUUGGGCACUCGUUCAUCUUAUAGCAUGGUUGAAUUUCUGGAUUUCAUGUCUGACUCGUUGGGGAUCCAAGAAUGCUAGGGAGAAAGAGAUAAGGAUCGAUGUCAAUCAAGAGUCAAUAAUAAAAGACGUUACACAUAACUCUAAUGCUUCAAAAGAACAAAUCAUAAUGUCAAAUGAAAAAUCAGAAAUUGAAGAAGCAAUAAGCCCGGCAUCUUUAUCAACCUGUGAUGUAUUUGAGGACGCCGUUUCUUCUCCAAUAUAUGGUUCUCCAAUUGGAGUUGGAAUGACUAAUAAAGAUGAUCAUUUUGGCAAGUGUAGCUACAAGGAGAUGCUUGAGAAAAGGGCUGAAGAAAUGAAAAAGGGUAAAGGGAGAAUAGUUUAGUGAAGAGCAAGAUAAAAGAUCCAAAUUUUCAAUUUUCACAAACAAUGCUAAGUAAUUAGUAAAUGAAUGAAUAUACAUUAUAAUAUUUUAGAGAGAAUCUUAUUUCAAAUUCUAUAGCAUAGACUUGUAUAAUCAAGAACAAAUUCAAUAUAAUCCAAAUCAAUUUAGAUGUAUGCAGAACAGUCUUGUGUAAUAAGGAUAAAUAUAAUUGUCUACCUAGUUCACUUGGAUAAUCAAGAUAGAGUUAAAAAUAUGUUGGAAAAAAAACUCUUGUUGUUGACGCUACAUUUUGGAACUCCACAAUAUAUAUUUAUCAUCGAACUUCUACAA